CCACACGGAAAAGCCAAAACAUGAAGCCGUCUGUGAGUACCGUCCCUACUCCUGCCCGUGUCCCGGCACCUCCUGUGACUGGGAGGGAUCCCUGGAAGCCGUGAUGUCCCACCUCAUGCACGCCCACAAAAGCAUUACCACCCUUCAGGGAGAAGACAUCAUUUUCCUCGCCACAGACAUUAACCUGCCAGGGGCAGUGGACUGGGUGAUGAUGCAGUCGUGCUUCAGUCACCACUUCAUGCUGGUGCUGAAGAAACAGGAGAAGUGUGAAGGUCACCAGCAGUUUUUUGCCACCGUGCUGCUCAUCGGCACCCGAAAGCAGGCGGAGAACUUUCAGUACAGGCUGGAACUGCACGGCAACUGCCACCGGCUGACCUGGGAGGCCUCCCCCUGCUCCAUCCACGACGGCGUGUCCGUGGCCAUCCGCAACAGCAACUGCCUCGUUUUUGAUACGGCCACCGCGCACCUUUUUGCUGACAACGGAAACCUCGGCAUUAACGUGACGAUUUCCAUGUGCUGUCCGUGACGUGUCGCUAGCGAGACCCCAGCUGUCUGGACGUAGUGCUUCACCAGGGUUUGCUUUUGGUUCCUGUUUUUUAUGCUGUUCAACUAUGUCAUCCUAUAUGCUAAGGUUCCUAACUAGCCAGCAGUUGUAACUUUGGGGAGAAGAGGAACAAGAGUGUCCUGUGAGUAACAUGAGUGGGACAAGGUCUUUUAAAAUUCCUGGGUGCCUUAGGAAGAUUACACACACACACUUACCUUUUAUAAUUUAAUUGUAUUUUAUGUAAAGAGUGCUUCCAUUAGAUAUGUGGCUUAAGAAGCUCCUGUUUGGAGCACACCUAAAAGCCCUUGAAGCAACAGUACCGAUUCGCUCUCUCACUGGUGAGCUUUAAUAACAGGCUUUAGUAUCACAGAAGGGUUUGGGUUGGAUCAUCUAUUCCAAUCCCCCUGCCAUGGGCAGGGACACCAU